AUGACCAGGCUCUUGUGCCUUCUGGAACUUGCACUGUGUGUCCUCCAAGCCUUGGCUUCAUGGAGUGUCACGUACCCCCAGACUCUGCGGAGUGUCCAAAGUUCAUGUGUUUUGAUCCCCUGCACCUUCAACUACCCCAUGGACACCCCGGAGAGUAUCACAGCCAUCUGGUACAAACACUCCGAGGGGCGACGCACAACAGUUUAUCAUUCCUCGACCCCGGACGAUGUGGAUCCUGAAUUCCGAGGUCGCACAGAAUUGCUCGGAGACCCUCUCGGGGAGCGCAACUGCACCCUCCUCCUGAGGAGCGCCCGGACGAGUGACAGCGGCAAGUACACCUUCCGGUUUGAAAUCAGCGAAACAGGCCGCUGGUCGGAUCUGCAAGGGGUUGAGCUGACAGUCACCGAUGCUCCAGACAAUCCCACUCUGGCCUCACCAGAAGACCUGCAAGAGACCAGGCAGGUGACUUUCAACUGCUCCAGUCCCUACGUCUGCCCGUACGGCAACAUCUCCCUGCAGUGGAUGGAGUACAACACAGAGACCUCCCGUAUCUCAAGCAGCGUCCAGCUGGACACCGGAGGAGCGUUGCAGAAGCAAACCCUAAGCACUCUGCUCUCCUGGCAGGACCACAACCAGAAGCUGAGCUGCAAGGUGACCGUGGGAGCCCUGGCUAAAGUGGAAGAAGUCAGACUCCAGGUGAAACAUUCUCCCAAAGGUGUCACAGUGUCCAUAAGCCCGUCUGCAAAGAACAUCCGUGCAGGUGAUGCCGCGUCUCUCACAUGUAAUGUUGCAAGCAGCUACCCGGAAGUCACUGCUUACAGGUGGUACAAAGAUGGGGUGGUCUAUGGAGAGGGGCAGGUAAAGACCCUUCAGAGUGUCACACGAGAAGACUAUGGCCAGUACCACUGUGAGGCUGAAAAUCUUGUCGGGACAACAGUGGCCGAAGUGACAACAUUCUUUGUUUUCACUGCCCUCCUCUCCAUGAGCCCUUAUUCUAAUGCCCGGGAAGGUGAGACCAUCACGUUGACCUGUGACGUUCCUGGGGGAGACAAGCAAGAGAUCCACUACAGCUGGUACAAGAACAACAUCUGGCUCAAGGAAGGCUCCGCCCGGAGCCUGGUCUUUCACGAGGUGGCUGUUGGGGACGCGGGAUAUUACUCGUGCAAAGUGCAGAACGACCAGGGGAGCGAGAUGUCUCAAGUCAUCGGGCUGAAUGUCUUCUAUCCACCCAGGCUGCCCACCCUGGCUUGGUUCCAAGAGACCCAGGAGGGAAAACUGGCCAUCGUUCACUGCACUGUUGACAGCAGCCCCCAGUCUUCGCUGAGCCUUUUCCGAGGCCAGCGGCUCAUGGCGACCACCAGUUCGCACUCGGCCCCCAGCCAACGGAUCACCAUCACCACAACCCGCAACUCCUUGAAACUGGAGAUCCAGAAAGUGGUCCCAGAAGAUGAGGGGGAAUACCGAUGUGUCGCAACCAACAAGUAUGGGAACGCCACCACUACGAGGUUCUUCAGCGCCCAGACUGCCAGGGUGGUCGUCAGCCCUUCCGAAGAGGUCCCUGAAGGGGAGAGGGUCACUUUGACCUGCAUGGCCACCUUGGAACCAGAAGAAGGCACCAGUUAUACGUGGUUCAAGAAUACCAAGUGGCUGCAAGAAGGGAGGGAAAACUCUCUUGUCUUUCCAGCCACAGACAGCCGAGAUGCUGGGACAUUCUACUGCACGGCCCAGAAUGAAAAGGGCACCAACACAUCGCCAGCUGUCACUCUUCACGUGCUGUACCCCCCAAGACAACCUGUCAUCCAGUCCUUCUUAGAGACACAAGCGGGACAUCUAGGCAUCAUCCAGUGUACAGUUGACAGUGACCCCCCAUCUGAGAUAGCUUUGUACAAGGGGGACACUCUCAUGGGAUCCACCAACACCUCCUGCUCACCUGCUGACCCAAGGGUGAGCGUAACUCCCUCCCACAAUGCGCUCAAGGUGAGCAUCAAAGACGUCACACUGGAAGACGAGGGACGGUUUGUGUGUUAUGCUCAAAACCGCUACGGAGACUCCAGCACUUCCGCUGACUUCACAGCUGAAACUGCAAGAAUUGUCCUCACGCCAUCCCCAGAGGUGGUUGAAGGCCAGGAGGUCCGUCUGUCCUGCGUAGUGAGCAGCAAUUCUUCCACCUCAGCCAACUACACCUGGUACCAGAAUGGACUCUGCCUCUCGAAGGCCCUCGGGGACUCACUGGUGUUCCCACAGGUGGCCAGAGGGGACGCCGGAGUGUAUUUCUGCCAGGUGGAGCGUCACGGAGUCAGCAAAAGGUCCACCUCCGUCACCUUGUCUGUGCUAUACCGCCCAGAGGCUCCUCGCUUGGUUGUCUUUGUGGAGACGGAGAGAGGCAGGACGGCCCUCUUCCGCUGCUCAGUAGACAGCAACCCCUCUGCUGAGCUGAGUCUCUACAAAGGAGACCGCCUCCUCGCGUCCACUGGCUCCACCAGCACAGCCAUCGCCAGGGUCCGUGUCUCAAGCUCCCGCAACGCCAUGCGUGUGGAGAUGGGAGAGGUCGUGCCAGAGGACGAGGGCAGCUAUCGGUGCAUGGCUUCCAAUGUCUAUGGCUCCUCUUCCACACGCCUGCACUUCCACGUGCAAACAGCCCGAGUUUCAGCCUCACCAUCCCCCGAGUUGCUGGAAGGAGAUGCAGCCACCCUUACCUGCGAUGUGCUCAGAAGUGCGCCAAGGGAUGCCACCUUCUCCUGGUACAAGAACUCCAAGCGCAUCCCAAACAACAACUCCAGCACACUCACUUUCCUGCAAAUAAGCAGCAGGGAUGCCGGCUCCUACCACUGCAAGGCCCACCCUGCAGAGGAGGCCAGCAUCGCUGCCUCCCAGCCUCUCAGCAUAACCGUCUUCUACCCUCCACGAAAGCCUCGCCUGGCUUCCUUCCUGCAGACACAGGGCAGGCCAGUGGCUGUGCUCCAGUGCAUCGUAGACAGUGUGCCCGAGUCCCACCUGGCCAUGUACAAGGGAGAGAAGCUCCUGGCAUCCAGCAGCAGCUCCAACAUGGUUCACAACUACCGGCUCAAAGUCUCUACUUCAUACAACAGCUUGAGGGUGGAGAUUCAAGAUGUGGUGAUGGAGGACGAAGGGGGCUAUGGGUGUUGGGCCCAUAACCUCUAUGGUAACAGCAGUGUCUCCAUCCAGUUCAUGGCAGAGACGGCACGGAUCUGGAUUUCUCCUCCGGAUGUUCUUGAAGGGGAUUCUGUGAACCUGACCUGCGCUGUUGACAGCGGUGUAGCCGAAGAGCCACACUAUGCGUGGUAUAAGGACCACAGGUGGUAUGCAGAGGGCCCUUCCCGGACACUGUCUCUUCCCAAGGUCACUGUGGCUGACACAGGAAUGUACUACUGUGCAGUGAAAACUUCUGAGCGGGUGCGGAACUCCUCCCUGGGCACCCUGAACGUUCUCUACCCACCCAGGAAUGUCCAAGUAGCAUCCUUCCUGGAGGCACAGAAUGGGCAGCUGGCCAUCCUGGUGUGCUCCGCCGACAGCAACCCCCCAUCAGAAGUGUCCCUCCACCGAGGCGAUGGGAUCCUCAUGUCCACCAGCUCUUUUCAAGGCCGUGGCGGGCUACCAGAUCCUCGGCUGAGCGUCACUUCCUCUCCCAACUCGUUGAGACUGGAGAUCAAAGGGAUCCACUUGAAUGACGAAGGACGGUAUGAGUGCCUCGCCAGCAACGGGAUCGGCACAGCAAGGGCAUCCCUGGACCUCACGGUGGAGACUACCAAGGUUGUGAUCAAUCCAUCUCCAGAUGUACCUGAAGGGCAUCCCGUCUCUCUCACCUGCGAAGACACCAGCUCCCCCUCCAAUGCUCUCUACACCUGGUACAAGAACACUCAAUGGCUGGCCGAGGGUGUUGCUGGUUCCCUCGUCUUCCAGGCAGUCACCCCCGCUGAUGCAGGUGCCUACUCCUGUCAAGCGCACAGCGCAAGGGGAUCCCGGACAUCUCCACCUGCCACUAUGCACGUCCUCUAUGCUCCCAAGAAACCCACGCUGGUCUCCUUUCUGGAGAUGCCUUCUGGGCACCAAGCCAUCCUCCAGUGUGCUGUUGACAGCCAUCCAUCCUCUGACAUCGCCCUCUUCAAAGGACACGAGAUCGUGGCUUCCAGAAGGAGUCCUGGAGGGUUGCCGGCCCCUCGGCUCAGCGUCCACUGGGCCCACAACUCCCUGAAGGUGGAAAUCAAGGGGGUCCGCCUGGAAGAUGAAGGGCAGUAUCUCUGUUCUGCUAACAACACUUAUGGAACCUCCACAGCCUCCGUAUACUUCAGUGUGGAAAGUGCAAGAAUCACUAUCGAGCCUUCGGCAGACAUGCUGGAAGGGUCGGCAGCCAACCUGACCUGUGUGGUUGCCAGCCGGGCUGUUGGAGGAAUGAACUACACCUGGUAUAAGAACAGCCGGUGGCUCCAGGAUGGGCCCAGCCGCUCCCUGCUACUGGAAGCCGUGACCAGAGACGAUGCUGGCUCAUACCACUGUCAGGCGGAAGGGGAGAUGGGAAGCGUGACUUCUGGCCUGGUCCUCUUGCAAGUGCUUUAUGCACCUCGGACUCCCGUCCUAACUGCCUUCCUGGACAAUCAGAGAGGGAGAGUCGGCAUCGUUCGCUGCCACGUCGACAGCCAUCCACAGUCCGAGCUGGCCUUCUACAAAGACGGCAGCCUCUUUGGUCGCACCCGGAGCUCACGCUCAGCAGCUGCUCGGCGGUUCAGCACGUUCCAGUCCUACAACAGCCUGCGAGUGGAGAUUCGAGACCUGGUGGCAGAAGAUUCGGGGCGUUACAUCUGUCUGGCCAGCAACCCAUUUGGCAAUGUGUCCAGUGCCUUGGACUUCAGCACAGAGAUACAGCCCUUGCCUGCUUUACCUGCAGCCCUCUUGGACCUCCACUACUUCAGAGUCCUGGCAGGGGUCUUCAUUGGCCUGGCUUGUAUCGUGCUGCUUUGUGCCUUAGCUUUUGGGGUGCGCAAGAACUGGAGCAGGGUGAAGGAACAGUGGAAGAACUGCAAGUUGCGGAGGACCCAGGAGGCGGAUUUGGUGGAGAUGGAAGCAAAGGAAGCAGAAGCCCAGAGGCAUCACCUGCAACACGUCAACACCCUCCCCAUCUUCUCUGUCAAGACCACUGGUACCCUCUUCUGCCCCACCCUGACCCCAAGCCCUCACAGCGUUUCCAUCUCUGUUAUUAUGAUCCACCUUCACCAGGCCCCUUCACCACGUCCUGUGCAGAUGGGUAGCCAUAUUAAUUAG